GGGCGACGGGAGCCGCAGUCGGAGCCCGCGCUCCCGGGGCCGGCGAAGCGCAGCGGGGCCUCCCCCGGGCCGCCUCCUCCUCCUCUUCCUCUCCUUCCCGCCCUACUGGGAGGGCGGGGAUUGCCUGCGGGGUUCACCCGCGGGCUGGUUGCGAGCAGGAUGCGCCUGGCGCUGGUGUCCAGGUAGAGCGCGGAGACAGGGCCGGUGGGAGGGGGCCGGGCCGGGGAGGGGGAGGCGGUGGGAGAGACGGGGCCGCCUGGGCCUCGCCCGGCCGCCGCGGGCCCGUUUCUACCUCCGCCGCGCCCGCCCCGGGGCCCGUGCCGAGCCGAGGCCGGCAGGAAACCGCGGGGAGCUCAGCCGGCCCCGCCGAGCUCGGAGAGGGGGUUGCGGCGGGGAGGAAGAGGAGGAGGAGGAGGAGAGCUCCGGCCGGGGAGGAAGAGGAGGAGCCCCGCCGCCCCCCGCGCCGACUGGAGCGCCGCAGGAAGCAGCCGGAGGAUGUGCGUUAGCGCCGGGGGCCCGGCCGGCACGCCGUGACAGCCCGGCCCCGCGCUUGCCUCGCCCCGGCUGGCGGAGCCCCUCCCCGUGAGGGGGAAAGAUGUCCAAGAUGCCGGCCAAGAAGAAGAGCUGCUUCCAGAUCACCAGCGUGACCACGGCUCAGGUGGCCAGCAGCAUCACCGAGGACACCGAGAGCCUGGACGACCCGGAUGAGUCCCGCACCGAGGACGUGUCCUCUGAAAUCUUUGAUGUUUCCCGAGCCACCGACUACGGCCCCGAGGAUGUCUGCGAGCGGAGCUCCUCCGAAGAGACUCUCAACAACGUGGGCGAGGCCGAAACUCCUGGCAGCAUCUCUCCCAACCUCCUGUUGGAUGGGCAGCUGGCGGCUGGCGGGGUGGCUGCAGCUUCCCCAGCUGUGGCCCCUAACGGGGGGGCUGUGCCCAAGAGCUCUGCUGUGCCCUUGCCAGCUGCUGCCCCUGGCCCUGCCGUGGCAGGAGGCAGUGGUGCUCAAACCGCCUUGCCCUCCACAGGGCCUUCUGCAUCUGCUGCUGCUGGGACGAUGUCUCAGACGGUGUCUGCUGCAUGCAGCUCACGCUUCAGGGUGAUCAAGCUGGACCAUGGUACAGGAGAGCCCUACAGGCGAGGACGAUGGACGUGUAUGGAGUAUUAUGACCGGGACUCGGAUGGCGGUGGUGUCCUGGGCAGAACUGGAGAUUGCAUUCGACACAGCAGCACCUUCGAGCAGGCUGCUCAAGAGAGGGACAGUGGCCUUGGUGCCACAGGAGGUUCCAUCGUGGUCUCGGCUGUUCCCGCAUCGACCCAUGGCCCUGAUUCUAUAGCUGACAGUUCCCUGACUGCUGUGUCACAGCUGCUCCAGACAGAGAAAAUGAACCCGUCCUCCCUACAGCAACCUAGUUUUGUCAUUGGGCAACAACAGCAGCCACAACAACCCAUAGGUGGGGCCGUGCCUCAAAGUACUGCUCAACCUAUGUUUUCUGGGGCUUCGGUAGCAAAUCAGCAAAUGGUGGUGCCACAGCAAUCGCAGCCACAGGUAAACACGCAGGGAGUUGCACAGGCUGGACCCAACGGGAAGGGGAUGGCACCUCCGAGUGUGACAGUAGGGCAGCCCAGCGUUCCUGUGGCGCAGCAGCAGGUGCAGCAGGCCAACAUACCAGUGACUCAGCCACAGCAGUUUGCUUAUUCUCAGUCCCAGAUUCCACCAGUGCAUCUACUGCCGACGCAGCCUUCUGGUCAGACCGAAUACAUGCAGCACAUGACAAUUAUGCAGUCUCAAGGAGCUCUUCAGCAGGCCACUGCAGGCUCUGUUCCAAGUACUGUGGCUUCCAGCCUUCCUGUGGGGCAGGUGACUGGUCAAAAUCCCUCACCGGUGGGAGCGCAAGUGAUGGGGGUGUCAGCACAGCCUGGCGAAGCAGUUGGACAGGGAUCAGGAAUAAUGCAGGGUGGCCAGACACAAGCUAGUCAGGCUGCUGUUCCACAACCAGGGGGUGUGGUGCAGCAAGGCAUUGGACAUACAGGGGUUGUGCAACAGAAAUCUGUGACUCAGCAUCAAAUGGGUGGAAGCACUCAAGUGUCCGGAAUGCCUGGUGCUCCCCACGCUGUGGUCUCUGGAGUUCAGAACGUGCCUGCGGUUGUGCCCGGUACAAGUGUGCCUAGUGUGUCUACCACCACUUCUGUUACUAUGCCAAAUGUCCCUGUUCCGCCGGCCCCAUCCCAGCUGCCCAGCCACACUUCUGCCAGCAGAAGUACCGGCGUUGUCCAACCACAGCAUGUUGGACACUCGUUAAUGCAAGGCACCUCUAAUGUACCUGCAAAUUUGCCACAGUCAAACCUCGGACAGUUUCAGACUCCAGCUCAGACCUUAGUAGGCCAGAUUGAUGAUACGAGAAGAAAAUCGGAACCCCUACCUCAGCCACCACUUUCUCUUAUAGCUGAAAGUAAACCUCUUGUGAAGCCUCCCAUUCCAGACACUCUAGCGAAUCCUCUUCAGUUACCUGCAAGUACUCCUAUGAACAGUCUUGCCAGCUCUGUGUUUGACAUAUCUAUUCCCGUCGAUGGUGAUGAAGACAGGAAUCCGUCAACUGCAUUCUACCAAGCGUUCCAUUUCAGCAAGUUACGCGAGUCAAAGACCUUCUGGGAUAGUGCAUCUGGUGCAAGCGUUGUUGCCAUUGACAACAAAAUAGAACAGGCAAUGGAUCUAGUGAAAAGCCAUUUGAUGUAUGCAGUAAGAGAAGAAGUGGAAGUCCUGAAGGAACAAAUAAAAGAAUUAGUUGAAAGAAACUCUUUACUUGAACGGGAAAACGCACUGUUAAAAUCUCUUUCAAACAAUGAGCAGUUAUCCCAACUUUCAACCCAACAGGCCAAUCCUAGUAGCACUUCACAGGCGCAGACAGUGAUAGCACAGCCUCCGCAGCCAACGCAACCUCCACAGCAGCCGAAUGUCUCCUCAGCGUAAAGCUUUCUUGCCUCCUUUGAAAACACACACAAACCUGAGAGCAGUCUGUCCUUGUGUGCCACUGAUGUUCUCUCCACUCUAUAUGAGCGCGCGUAGCCAUGCUUCUGUUGUGUGUUUGGCCUUGUCAGUAUUAGACAAUCACUCUACGAGAGCUGUCCCUCAUGAUGUGGCACAGAGCGCAGCUGGUGGCCCUCGAGUCACCAGCGCGCAGGGGAAGUCGUAGGCGGAGUGGUUAAUGCAAAGAAUGUUUGCUUGGUGUGCAGGAGUGAGGUCUGUAAGAGCUUUAGUGGCUCUCCAAGGUUUCCCUUUCCCAUGGAUUACUUUGAGCCUUGCUGUCUGGUAAGAAGUAACAACUCCUCUGAAGAGCCACUCUUCUUUCAAUAUAAGUAACGUUUGCCUACAUUAGUUUCAUUUAUUUGUUUUAUUUAUUACGGGGCUGCUAUUUUCAUAAUGUACAUGAACAACGUCACAGAACUUUUUGGAUUUGUUUUUUUUUUUU